AUGCAAACAUCAGGAAAAAAUAACCAUAAUCAACUAAUAGAAGAAAAUAUCUCUACACCAUACACAGAACGAAAUUCGUCAACAAUAGAAGAAUCAUUUGAUAAUGGUCAACUUGAUCAACACAAUCGAACAGAACAAAGACAACAUGCUGAGAAUAAUGCACGACAAAUGUUAUCAAAUGAACGUACCGUUCAAAUAGCACACACCAUCAUUAUCCCACCAUCGUCAUCGAUACCAACAUUUAGUGGAAGCAUCCUAGAAAGUCCUCGUCAAUUCCUUAUUCGAGUCAAGGAAUACGCAGAAACAAUAAACCACUGGAAUGACCAAUCAUUACUUAAUGGCAUCUCACAAUUUCUUCGAGACACCGCUCUGGAGUGGUAUUGUCAACUGCGCAUCUCGAAUCGACGCCCACAAACUUGGAUGGAAUUCAAGGUAGUUUUUCUAAAUCAAUUUAACUCACCAAUCCGACGCGCACGACAAGAGCAACAAUGGAAAGACUGCAAGCAAGAAGAAAAUGAAACAAUUAAUGAAUUCAUCGUUCGACUUCGUGCCCUCUGGCAAGAACAAAAGCCGAAUGAAACAGAAAAUUAUCUCAUCCGACACCUGAUGUUUCCUGAUGCACAAUCAUUUAAUUCACCACCAUUUCGAUAUGCACCAGCAAGAAAACAAAUCAUCGAACAAACCUUGAACGAAAUGUUAGAUCAAGGAAUUAUCUCACCGUCAACAAGUCCAUGGGCAUCACCAGUUAUAUUAGUUCCAAAAAAGGACGGAAGCUUACGCUUUUGUGUAGACUACCGGAAAUUAAAUGCAGUUACAAUUCGUGAUGCAUAUCCAUUUCCAAGAAUAGACGAUACAUUAGAUUCAUUGCAACAAGCGAAAUUUGUAUCAACACUUGACUUACGUUCCGGAUACUGA